GGCGCUUCGUGGACGCUUGUCAGUUCUUGCGGUUGAUUGUGUGCUUUGCCUUUUAACUAGCACUAUGGCUGACGUGGUGGUGGAGCAGCAGCAACAGAAUGUGGUUGUAAGGUUGAUUAACCUGCCAUUGGUGAGCUCAACAUAUGACAUGGUAUAUUCUGCCUAUGUGAACACUAAAGACAACCAUCCCUACCUGAAGUCUGUAUGUGAUGUUGCUGAGAAGAGUGUGAAAACGAUCACUUCUGUGGCUCUAACCAGUGCCAGGCCCAUCCUACAGAAACUUGAACCUCAAAUUGCCUUGGCUAAUAACAUUGCCUGUGUUGGACUGGAUAAGAUUGAAGAGAAGCUGCCUAUUCUCUAUCAGCCAUCUGGAAAGGUUGUGGCUAAUGCCUCAGAAGCAGUUUUUGGAGUCAAAGAUGCAGUUAUCCAGAGUAUUGCGGGAGUGGUUGACAAAACAAAGGGAGCUGUGCAGGAUAGUGUGGAGAUGACCAAGGCUGUCGUGAAUGGCAGCAUUAACACCGUUCUGGGAAGUGGUGUAGUAAAGGUCGUGAGCACCCGUGUGGACACUGCACUCACAAAGUCGGAAAGUCUUCUGGAACAAUACCUGCCACCAACUGAUGAAGAGUUGGCUAAGGAAGCAACUAAAACCGAAGGUUUUGAAUUGUCUAUUAAGCCCAGCUAUUAUGUUCGCCUUGGAUCCCUUUCUACGAAGACUCGCAAACGUGCUUACCAACAAGCUUUGACCCGGAUCAAGGAUGCAAAGUGCCGAAGCCAGGAGGCCAUUGCUCAGCUCCAGAACACAGUUGACCUGAUGGAAUAUGCAAGAAAGAACAUGAAUGAUGCAAAUCAGAAAAUCCAUGAUGCUCAGGAGAAGAUCUACAAUAAGUGGGUGGUAUGGACAAAAGGCACAGGGCAAGAUGCCAGUGGAGAACAUGAAAGCACAGAGCAAAUUGAAUCCCGCACUCUGACUAUUGCCCGGAGUCUUACUCAUCAACUGCAAACCACAUGUCUGUCUCUGGUCUCCAGUGUUCAAGGCCUUCCACAAAAUAUCCAGAACCAAGCUCACAAUGCUAGUGCCAUGGCUGCAGAUGUCUAUCAAAAUUUCCGUUCUGCCUCUUCCUUCAGAGAAAUGUCUGAUGGCCUCUUAAACACAUCUAAGGCACAGUUCACAAAAAUGAAGGAUUCUAUGGAUGAUGUGAUGGACUACUUGGUUAACAACACUCCACUAAAUUGGCUGGUAGGUCCCUUUUACCCACAACUGGCUGCUAACCAACAUGGGGAGCCAGAAGUUGAUGGGGGAGACUCUGCCAACAAGGAGGACUGAAAAGUUCACUAAACUUUGCACUUAAUCACCUAAAUGGGCAAACCCCAACCACAGUUUACCAUAGCACUGCCCAUAUCCUUGUGCUCCACCUUAAGCUGAGGGACAGUAACGGUGGUGACAAGCCAUUUGACAGUUUAAAUGCUUUGUCUCAACAUUGGACUUUGUCUUACUCUUGGCGGUUGCUUUUCUUCACAUUCCGCCCAAAUGUAACUGCAUCACUGAUGUGUAAACCCCACUAUGUACACUAAACUUUUCAUGCACUUUUGUAUUAAUAAAAUACCUGCAUCAACUUGUCUGUGUCAAAGGUU